AUGACUGAUCUUCCUUAAGUAUACAGAGUUUGGGAAUGCCCUCAAAAGGGUGUUGAAAGUAUUCAAUUAGUCGAAAAGCCUCUCCCUACUGAAUUGGAGGAAUAUGAGGUACUUGUUAAAGUUAAAUCUGCAGCUCUCAAUCCUGUUGACUAUAAAUGCUGUGAUAAUGAAGGUGGUCCUUUUGAUUUCUAGUUCCCAAGAACUGUUGGUAUAGACCAUAUCGGUGUUGUAGUUAAGUUAGGCCCUAAAGUAGAUUCUAACGUAUACAAGGUGAAUGAGACAGUUUUAUUGGCUCAUGGAAGCCUUAAAAGUAAAUACGGAGCUUUUGGAGAAUACAAAGUACAAGACAUUAGAACUGCUGCAAUCGUUCCCUAAGAUUUGAUUUAAUAAGUUGGAGAGUCAAUUUAUACUGAUUUAGCAACUAUUCCUUGUGCAGGAUACACUGCUCUUUAAAUUGUUAUGAUUAAAUUAAGAUUACCUAUUUAUAAAGAUCCUAAUAGCAUUUCUAAUAGGUAUAUUAGAAAUAUUGUAGUUACUGCAGGAGCUGGUGGUGUUGGAUAUUUUACUUUGUAGCUUCUCAAAUUAUGGAAAGAAAACAAUUUCGAUGAAGAAGAAUAGAAGAACAUAAGAAUUAUUUCAACAUGUUCUAAGAGCAAUUUCGAUUUUGUUCUCUCUUUAGGAGCUACUCACGCAAUUGAUUACAAUACUGAAAAUGUAGGCAAAAGGGUUAAAGAAAUCCUUGGAGAUAAUCAACUUGAUGUUUGGAUUGACUUGGUUGAUAGCAAAACAACUGAAGAAGGUCUUUAAACUCUUGGCUUUAGAGGUGAACUUGUUGUAGCAGUAGAAAAUACUGAUUAUACUAAUCGUCUUUUUGGUCUUAGCAAAUCUGUCCAUAAUGUUACCCUUGGUUUGGCAUAUCUAUAUGGUUCAUCUGCUCAUAAAUCAGAUCUUAAAUAUUAUGGAGAUAUAUUCCUUGAUUUAUAUAGAAAUAAGAAAAUCACCAUAGAGAAAAAAGUUAUAAAACUUGAAGAAUUAAAGCACUACCUCUUAGAAAUGAAAAACAGACAUACUAGAGGAAAAAUAGUAUUUUAAGCUUGA